GUCCAGAGAAUCCUCGCAUCUCUUCCAUAAUCAACACGAAAUACUCUCGCACACAACAUGAACGAAGAAAGGGAAUUGGCGAUCAGCCCGAUCGUGCAAACGAGCGUACAGCACAACACACAGGUAAAUGCGCCCCCCACCUCAGCACGGCUUUAUCACCACGCGUAUCCUCCUGAAAGUCCCGGUUUCAUUGACAUUGCCACAGGUCGUCUCGAACAUUCGAAACCUCACCGCCUCACUUUUUGGUGUCGCUGCGGGCACCCUCGGAUUGGAAUCGUACCCUGGCUUUAUAUUCUACCUCGUCGGAACGCUGGUGGUUUCGGCGAUGAUCUUCGCGUUCAGGGCGGAAGGCAAACCGUCAGAGUACUUCUAUAGGCCACUGGGAGACUUGUGGGCCGGCGAGGUUUUCGGUGGGCUCAGUGGGUUUGUUCUUACGUGGACGCUGUUCUAUGGUCUGGUGCAGGCUUGAGGAGGCGAGAAAGGAAGGCUUGCGGGAAUUUUAACAAGUGUCGGCAGGGGCGGCGGAGGCAAAAUAUACGAAGGAAGAGAUGCCAUGUCGAGGGUGGAUCCUGGGCAUGUGUCUUUCGAACGAGGGUUGAUGCAGCCGCCUCGCGCCGUUGCUCCGUUUUCGGAUGAUUCUACGGGAUCAACUGGGUGUCGUCAGGAUAAAGAGCGGGAAGUCUACUGUCACAUAGACUCAUGGCGCAGCUAUUUUUCACCCCACUUGGUGAUUUCGCAGCGUUCAGAAACAUUCAUAAUAAAGAUACCCAAACACCC